CAUCAGUUGUACCAAAUGGCUAGCGCUUUGGGAUAAGAUAUUUCACUUUUUUUUCUCGCCGGAGAAGACUCAGUAGUUCCUUCCAAUGGCGACGGCGCUCUCCGCCGCAUCGCCGCCACCGGCGUACAAUACUUUCUCGACAUCAAAAUCUCACAAGCCACCUCCAUCUCUAUGGCUCUCCAAGCCUUAUCUUCGACCCUUCGUCCCCUCUUUCCACACUAAAAAAUCUCCAUUUUCAGCCAAGUUACCUCCGUGCUCCGUCAACGGCGACGCGGCGGCGGCGGUGGAAGAUGGGCUGAAGAACGGCGUCUUAUCGAUAAGCAUUGACGUCCUCAAACGCUUCAUCGACCUCAAUUUGGGCAACUGGAUCGGCUCUUUCCAUCAAUUUGAUUGUGAUGGGAAUUUGCUGCAUAAGAUAAACACAAAGCUUUCUGCAAGCUCAUAUGGGGAAGAUGAACUCAUGAGUUUGAUUCAAUCGUUAUAUAUAAAGCAGCCUCGAUCGAUUUCUUCAGACCCUGAAGAUGAGCUAGAAUGGUUCGAAUACAAAAUCAAAGAAACCAACAUGUUCACAGUCGACAAAUAUCAGCAGAUCGGGUUUUUCCCGAAAGAGAAGGCCUUUGCUUUGAGGUACCUGACAGCUGGCAUGUUGGAAACCGUGAUAAGACAAGGGGUACUAGGUGAAGAUGAUGCCGGAGAAGAAUCUCCCAGAAAUUUAAAGCUACCUUCGCGAAGACCUGCAAUUGUAUGCGAGAACUGUCUGUAUUCACUUGAGCAAGAUUUAAGAAUAAGAUGCUUCCAUAUUAUGAAUCCACAAGGCAUAUUAGAUAUGCUUCUUGUAUUUCUCGAAAAACGAGGGAGUGAAGCUGUUAUUCAUCCUUCGUUUGAGAACUCUAAGGAUUCGGAUAGGAUUACCCCACAUUUAGGGACAUGGAAGGGUCGCUCUAUAAUCAAACGCAGUGGCGUUUAUGGAGCUACAAUAUCCGAAGCAGAUACGACAGCUGUACUUGAGAUUGACGAAAACGGUCAACUCGUUCAGGAUAUGAGAACAAAAUUGGACGGCAGCGAUGUAACGACCUCCGUAAAAUGGACGGGCAAGAUUUCGAACAACUUGGUCAACUAUGAUGGUGGUUUUCAGAUGACUUUCUUGCAAGGAGGGAUAUACAUGGGAUGCCCAUCUGAUGUUUCAAAGAGUGUGCAAGAAUUAAAGUCCUUCCAUUUGGAGCUGUGUUGGAUUGAGUCGCCCGGUAAGAGACAGAGAUUGGUCCGGACGUACGAUGUCGAAGGCUUAGCUGUCUCGUCGACCUAUUUUCUCGAAACUAGACAAUAACUUGUGUAUUUGUUUAUUCUAUGGAACCUUGAAUUGAAAUGCCCCUAUUUGUUUUGAAAUGGGCAAAUUACAGCCA